AUGGCUGAAGAUGUGGCAGAUAAAAAUGUCCUCGUCGUCACCACCGACAAUUUCAAAGAAACAUUGGACCAGCAUAAAUAUUUAUUAGUUGAAUUUUAUGCACCUUGGUGUGGACAUUGCAAAAAUUUAGCACCAGAAUAUGCCAAGGCUGCUGAUGUCUUGAUGGAGGAAAAGUCAGAAAUUAGGCUAGCUAAAGUUGACGCUACCGUCGAGAGCUCAUUAGCACAACAACAUGAAGUACAAGGUUAUCCUACCUUAUUUUUUUUCAAGGAUGGAAAGAAAAUUAAGUACAAUGGAAAUCGUGAUGCUGACGGUAUUGUUCGCUGGUUAAAGAAAAAGACUGGACCUAUUUAUGUUUCUGUUGAAAGUUCUGAACAACUCGAAAAGCUAAAAAAUGAGAAUGACGUCGUGGUACUUGGUUUAUUUCGUGAUUUGGAUCAAGCUACGCCCAAAGACUUUAUUGCAGCAGCAGAAGAAGUGGAUGCUGUUACCUGGGCCCUCGUUAACAACCCUGAAGUUGCAGCUGGACUAAAGAUCGAAAUGGAAAACAUAAUUAUGUACAAAAAAGAUAGCGAUGCUGAAGAAUUUAAAGGCUGGAUGACAAAGGAGAAUAUUCUUAAGUUUGCUCGUAUUUUUGCCUUACCUUUAAUCAACGAAUUUACUCAAGAAAAUGCACCCAAGAUUUUCGGUAGUGACGUCAAGACUCAUUUGCUUCUAUUUAUUGGUAAAAAAGAUGAGGAAAACUUCAAUAAAGGUGUAGCUGCCCUGAAAAAAGUUGCUACAGAAUUUAGGAUGGAGAUGUUAUUCAUUUACGUGGACAUGGACGAUGAGCAAAAUGAACGUCUUGCAGAAUUUUUCGAUAUCAAGAAAGAGGAUAAAACUAAUGUUAGAAUUAUCAAAAUGGAAGAAAGUGAUAUGAAAAAAUUUAGACCAAAUUUUGAAGAAUUUAACGAAGAGAACCUUAAAAAGUUUGUUGGAGACUUUGUUGACGGGAAAGUCAAGCAACACUUCAAGUCGGAAGAUGUGCCCGAAGAUUGGGAUGCAAAACCAGUAAAAGUUUUGGUUGGUAAAAAUUUCGAUGCUGUAGCCAAAGAUCCCAAAAAAGCAGUCUUUGUUGAAUUUUAUGCUCCUUGGUGUGGACAUUGUAAGGAAUUAGCUCCAAUUUGGGACAAAUUAGGAGAAAAAUUCCAGGAUGACAAAAACGUAGUCAUAGCUAAAAUAGAUUCGACUGCCAAUGAAGUGGAAGAUGUCGCUAUUCGUAGUUUCCCAACUUUAAUAUACUUCCCUGCUGGAGAAAAUAAGGAACAAAUCCAAUAUAGUGGUGAACGUGGAUUAGAUGCUUUGGCGAACUUUGUUACUUCUGGUGGUAAAGGGAUGGGUAAAUCGGAAGGUGUAACAGAAGAACUCCAAGACGAUGAAGGCGAUAUAGAUGCAGGCGAUGAAGCAAAAGAAGAUAAACCACGUGAUGAACUAUAA